GAUUAAAAAAAAAUUUGUUGAGCAAAAUAAUGCUCAUUAUUGGCGAUCAGUAUGCUCGUAUAGAUUGAACAGUGCCAAUUAAUUGUCCUGAAAUUCAACUUUAGCCUAUUUAUGGCGCGACCCAAACUGGCAUAAGCGGGACCGGAAAGAGUACGUGAGAGUUAGAAAAAUCACUUAUAUAUUUUCCUUUUUUAUUCUUCAAUGUCUGUUUUUCACACAAAUAUGGGAAGAAUAGAAUGUCGAAAUAAUUUUGUAGUCGAAACAAUUAAUAAUUUUUAGGAAAUGUUCUUUCUGCUUUAGGAGAAAAAGAAGCUUUCAAAUUUAUACCUCUAAAAGUGCGUGAAAUUUUAAAUAGAUGCAUUGAAAAUGGUUUAGAUUGCGAAGGUUACCAGCUAAAACAUUUUUUUUAUUUCAAUAAUAAUUCAAUGUAAAAUUAAAAAACUGGCUCAAACCAUUUGAAGAAUCCCACUGUUUUAAAAGGAUGAUCCUAAAUGUUAAUGAAAAAAUAUACACGUCCAGAUUUUCUUAAAAGCUUUUGCUGGCCGGGUAAAUUUCAAUUUAACAGCUCUAGAGGUGUUAGUUAUCUUUUGUAAAGGUAGUGAAUUUCAAUUAGUGGAAAGUUAUUGAGAAUUGAAAUAGGAAACGAAUAAUUGUUUCAUUACGAAAAUGUAGAAUUAUUAAUCUGCACCAAAUGAAUAGCAUAUUUCUCCUUUUGAUAUGAUUUAGAAUUACAUGUGUUUUGUUGCGUAUUCCGGCGACGGCUCGUUACAUUAUUGAAUAUGAAACAGCAAAAGCUUCGUUUUCUAUUCAAAUAUUUAAAUAGGUGCUUCGCUCAUCUUUGUCUUAUUAUGUUCGUCUUGGCUGACUUCCACCUCUUAUUACUUAUAUACAUACAUAUCCAAAGAAGAAGAGAGAAAGAAGAAUUCUCAGCUGAGCAAUUCUUAACCUUACUAUCCAUGAGAUUUGUCAUCUUGUGUUGUAAAAUCGAAGUUUUCUUAAACUUAUUGUGAUUGUUUCCUAUUGAACAGGUCGGCAUUGGGGUCGUAAUCGAAGUUUUAUCAUCUUGACAAAGAACCCAAUUUAAGCUUCUAUUAGUAUUCUGAAAUAAUAUCACGCUUGGAACCGUUUUCCAGUUACUUAAAACCAAUAAGCUCACAAAAAAUGGGAAAAACUUCUCGAGACAAACGCGAUAUUUACUAUCGUAAAGCUAAAGAACAAGGGUGGAGAGCUCGAAGCGCCUUCAAACUGCUUCAAAUCGAUGAAAAAUUUCACAUUUUAAGUGGCGUAACGAAAGCAGUUGAUUUAUGUGCUGCGCCGGGUAGUUGGUCGCAAGUUCUUUCGCGAAAGCUUUAUUUGAACGAGGAUAUCAAUAUUAAGGAGCCCACUCAUUUGUUCUACACUCAGAGUGUUAGUGAGGACCUUACAAGCGAUGAAGACGAUGCGAAAUCUGAUAAAAGUUUGGAUGAUUCCAAAAAACCCAAUGAAAAUGUUAAAAUAGUUGCAGUUGAUUUACAGCCCAUGUCUCCUCUCCCGGGGGUUAUCCAGAUUCAGGGCGAUAUAACAAAAUAUUCAACCGCAGAGGAAAUAAUUUCUCAUUUUGAAGGUGAAAAGGCCGAUCUGGUAAUUUGUGAUGGUGCUCCGGAUGUAACUGGCCUUCAUUGCAUGGACAUUUACAUUCAGGCUCAGUUACUUUUAGGCGCACUACAUAUUUCCUGUAAUGUAUUGAAGAACGGUGGUACUUUUGUGGCUAAAAUAUUUCGGGGAAAGGACAACGAUUUAUUAACCAAUCAGCUUUUAACAUUAUUCCAAGAGGUGGAUGUUGCCAAGCCGAGAAGUUCUCGAAACUCUAGUAUCGAAGCAUUUGUCGUUUGUCGGCAGUAUAAUCCACCCAAUGGAUUCGAUCCCACAAAGAUUACCCCGUACCUGGAUGUUUCUAAUAAAAAUUUCGAUUCCUUGGAAGGUAUAAAUCGAGUAAUUAUUCCAUUUAUUGUCUGCGGAGAUGUUAGUGCUUAUGACUCAGAUACUACUUACCCUUUGCAACUGGAAGGUGAGGCUCCAUAUAAGUAUACACCACCUGUACAACCUCCGAUAGCUCCUCCGUAUAGUUUCAAAUCAGAGCAGCCCAACAAAACUGAUAUGAAUACUUUAUUCAAAUAUGCAACUGAUCUUUCAAAGCCAUUUGAAUCGGAAUUACUACCAGAUUUGGAAUAUUUAAAUGAUAGUAUCGAUAAAUUAAUUUUUACUGAUACUAUUAUGAGUGAUGAGGACGACUUGCCGGACGAUUUUUGCAAAGAUGACGAGGAAGCAAGGGCGGCGUUUGCCCACGGUCCUUAUUACGAUAUUAUUAAGAAAGUUGACAAAAUACGAAACGCGGACUCAGACGAAGAUUUUGAUGAAUCUAAUGAUGAUGAACGUAAACGUUUGCCAGUGAUAAAAAUCUUGUGCGAGGAGGAACCUCCCGAUGUUGGGACUGUUCACGCUAUUUUGAAUCACAUCCAGGAAGGAGGAAAGCUCAGAACUGCACCAACAUGCUACUGUUCUGAAUAGAAUAGUGUUCGCGAUUUUCCAUUUUCAGAACUUUACACGUUGCUGGAUAUUAUUCAGUAAAACACGCAUUGAGUGUGUAUAGGGUUCAAUGCUUUGCUCUUGAAUCACACCUCGUUUACAAAAGUUUAUUCCACUGAAUUUUUAUCCAGUGUUUACGUGGACUUUCCCUCUUGUUGAUGGAAUUAUUUACCUCCAUAGUUAGAUUACAUAGUCUUUAUACGGCAUUGACCGUUGAUACUAUCUAUCGGUAUCCUUACUUUUAUUAUCCGACUCCGACUUCUGAAAUGACGCUUAAUUAUCUAAUAUGGAAAUGAAAAUAAAUAUUCUGUUUUUAGUUUA